AUGCAUGCUGCCCGUGUCAGCGAGAUCCCAGUCAUCAACUCCGGCCGUGAGCCGGAAAGGUCCCUUGACGGAACGGUGAUGUGCACCGGUCACCAAAUGGAAGACAAUUUCGAAGCAAAUCUCGCAGCUGCCACAUCUAGGUUGGACGAGGUAUGCGUUUCCCAGCUCGGUCUUUACACUGGUUUCGACAAUCCCGCGACGGGCACCGAGGGCGAUACAAUGGUCUAUGCAUGCGCGUACGGCAGUGUGUCGGCAUGCGAUUCUGUCAGGUUCUGGGAGCUCAACCCCCUAUUUGACGAGAAAUGUCCAGGUCAGGGCGCAUGGCUAUACAACUUGACGACGUCGAUGAGCUAUGGCCGGGAUCCGGCAGGAACAACAGAAUGUUAUGUGUGA